GUUGGGAGAGGGAGAGGGAGAGAGAGAGAGAGAGAGAGGGCUUCGGGUGAGGUGGGUCGGAGGAGCUUUCGAUCAGGUGAGAACUCUCGUCGUCAAUGGUGCUGAGGUGAAGGUAGAGGUCGAGUUGGAGCCGGUGUUUAAUGUUUUCUCUUUGCUGCAAGAGUGUUCCUUGAUGGACAUCUUUUGAUGGCUUUGUUCUGGGGGCAUAUAUCAAAGUUACAUUGAGAGUUAUCAUAUCCCAGGUACAACUUGGACUAAAUUUUAAUCUAGGGGUUAAGGUUUGUGGUCAAUACAUAGGAAAAAGCAUAUUUGGUUCCUUUUUCUGAACUCUAGUCAAUGGAGGUGAAGCUGAGGCAAAAUGAGCAAGCCGACGUCGAAGAGGAUUAUCUGUUGCUUGACUUGGAUAGUGUUUGUGUACAAGGUGACAUUCCAGCAAAUGCCUCUUAUGUUCUUUCAGGAUUGGACACACAAAAUCCUGUGCUGACCAUUGCCAAUCAUCUAAAGCUGAUAGGAGAGUACCAAGAGACAAUGGGGACAUGUUAUGUCUUCUCAGAAAAAGAUGGUGUUACUCAAGUGAUGCAUUCAGAGAACCAUAUAUCUGAAACCAAUUUUCCAAAGGACACAUCUAUUACCAAUUCAACACAACUGCCGGCUAAGGAACUCAAGCUUAUCACAGGUCUUCAUAGAGUUCUCAAGUUCAGGCUAGCAAGUGAAGAUGAAAGUCAAUCUGCAAAGCAGAAGCAAUGUUGAAACCACGUUCAGCUAGUGUCGGAUAGUGGUCAACCUUGCUAUCUGAUCAUGUGCCGAAGGAAACCAAGAAAUGAACACAGUAUAGCUCAGGAAAAUGUGGCACAAUUGUGUUGUUUGAGGUGAUGUAAUUCACCCACAGUUUGUUCCGGCACAGUUUUGAACCUAUUAUAGCAACCACUCACGGUGAAAAGGACAAGAAUUGAUGCUGCACUUAAGCAAAAAGAAGAAAUAUACUCAGAUGAAAAAAGAUAAUCUGGGGGUUCCUCCUUUACCUUGUAUUUAUGUACUUUUUUCUCGUUUUGACUACUAGAAAUCAAUGUAGCAAAUGUGCAAGUUCUGAUACCUUUUCUUUAUUAAUCAAUUGAAAUAAUACCAGUGAA